AUGGCACGAAUGAACUACUUAGGCGUGUCAAAUCGCAAAUUCAUGCCUCCGGUGCUUUCCACUAAGUCACUAUUUGGCUGGUUGGGUACUGUCUGGCGUAUAACGGAAGCCGACAUUUUAGAAUACGCUGGACUUGAUGCUUUUGUGUUUCUUGGGUUCUUCAAGAUGAGCAUAAAACUACUGUCUGUGUGCUGGCUUUUUUCGGUUCUUAUUAUCUCACCAAUUCGCUACUACUUCACUGGAGACUACGAUCAAGGUGACGGUGACGAUAGUUCGGACCCAAAGGAUCCCUCCGACGCAACAGACUAUCACACAUAUUUGUGGCUCUACGUCAUUUUUACCUAUAUCUUUACUUUCAUCACAGAGUAUUUCCUCAUGCAGCAGACGCGCAAAGUUAUUCAGUAUCGGCAAAAUAUUCUUGGUAACCAAAAUUCUAUUACGGAUAGGACCAUCCGACUGAGUGGAAUUCCCCCCGAACUUCGAAAUGAGCGCGCGCUACGGGAAAGCAUUGAGUCCUUGGGCAUUGGUAAAGUUGCCAAGAUAGUCAUCUGCAGGGAAUGGAAGAAGCUGGAUUUGCUGUUCAAACAGAGGAAUCGCAUCAUUCGUAAAUUGGAGAUCUAUUGGGCAAGGUACAUCGGCACUACAAAAAACCCGACUUUUAACAUUCGGCCGUUUGUUGAAAGCUCAUAUCCGUUAACACCUGAAUACCCGAGAUACAGGGAUGAAGAAGAAGGCUCGGAUAGCACGCAUGCCGGUACAGCAUCCGAUGCAGAUACAUCAGAUUACGAGUAUGGCUCCAAUUCUGUUGUCGAGUACCAAGGUUCCCCAACCGACAUCAAUCCUUUCGGAACGACUUUUGGGUCUGCAGUGUAUAAGAAGAGACCUCAAAUAAAGCUGGGCUUUUUGGGAAUUUGGGGUAAAUCGGUGGAUGCGAUCGAUUACUAUACGCAGCAAUUGAACGUGAUUGAUGAAGAGAUUAUUGUGGCUCGUCAGAGACAUUAUCCUGCUACUCCUACAGCAUUCAUUACGAUGGAUUCGGUUGCAACGGCACAGAUGGUGGCACAGGCAGUUUUAGAUCCUCGAGUCAGUUUCUUAAUCACCCGCACGGCUCCUGCUCCCAAAGAUAUCAUUUGGGAGAACGUGACUCUGCCACGUAAAGACAGAGUCCUGAAAAUCUACUACAUCACCAUAUUGACUGGAAUCCUGGGAGUUGCCUUUAUUUUCCCUGUCGGUUAUCUGGCUACUUUGCUCAAUUUGAAGACCAUCAGUAAGUUUUGGCCAGAUUUAGGAGAGCUUCUUGAAAAACACGAAUGGGCACAGAAGUUUGUUACUGAACUACUUCCUGUGUAUCUGUUCACCUUGUUAAAUUUUGUGAUCCCAUACCUAUACGUUUGGCUGUCGUCCAGACAGGGAUUCGUCUCCCACGGAGAGGAGGAGUUGUCGGUGGUGUCCAAGAACUUUUUCUAUGUGUUUGUCAACUUGUUCCUGGUUUUCACAAUGGCCGGUACCGCUUCGAAUUACUGGGGUUAUUUGAGCGAUUCCAAGAAACUCGCUCUGCAGUUAGCGACCUCCUUGAGAGGAUUGUCGUCUUUUUAUGUCGAUACCAUUUUGCUUCAAGGAUUGGCUCUUAUGCCUUUUAAAUUGCUGAUUACAGGCCAUGUGUUGCGUUUCAUGUUUAUUCGGGCGAACUGCAAGACACCGAGGGAUUUCAAAGAACUUUACAGGCCGCCUGUAUUCAAUUUCGGUUUGCAUCUGCCGCAUCCCAUUCUCAUCUUGAUUAUCACGUUGCUCUAUAGCGUGAUGUCUACCAAAAUUUUGUCAUCGGGGCUUGCAUACUUCAUCAUUGGUUAUUUCGUGUACAAGUACCUGCUUAUCUACGCAUGCAUCCAUCCGCAGCACUCGACAGGUCAAGUGAUGCCAAUUAUUUUCCGUCGCAUUGUUUUAGGGCUGCUUCUCUUCCAAUUGACAGUGGCAGGCUCUUUGGCCCUGAACAAUGCUUAUCUUUUGGCAAUGUUCCUCAUCCCCUUACCCUUCCUGACGAUAUUUUACUUGUGGAAUUUCGAACGCAACUAUCUGCCGCUGAGCUUUUUCAUUGCCCUGCGUGCUAUCAACAAGGAUACGCAGGUCGAUACAGAUCCGCAAAGCUCGGCGGGCUUGCGAGUGACUCACGCUUUGACAAACGGAGUGAGUUUCUCGUCCUUGAGAUCUAGCACCAUCGACGAGCGCAGAGAGUAUAAUCAGACUUAUGAGUAUCCGUACCUGGUGCAAAGUUUAGAUGGCCCAUGGCUGGCAGUCGAUGCCGAGCAGGUUGUGAUGGCUACUAAGGACGGCACAGUGCGGAAACGGUUCACCUUCGAAGAGUUUUAG